CUCCCCUGAAUCAGAGGGUGAAGACUUAAAUUCGGAUGUGUAAUUGGGCUUUAAUGUCUGUCUUCCCUCCAAGAGCACUUCUGGGAGACUCCUCAGGCUCCAAAGGGCUGAUCCCAGCAUGUAAAAAUCUGAAAUAAAUGCUUGGGGCAGUGUCUUCAAUUUUUGGCUGUUGUAUUGUCUGGCUCAGGAUUUAAAUUUUCUCCUGUAGCUCUCUUUUUGCAUGACAAGAGCGAGUAAUUGGGAUGAAAUCAUCCGUGCUGCAAAUGUGAUGGGUUCUCCCAGGACCUGAUGGAUUUCUGAUACCUCGCUCCUGAGGGGCUGGAAGGAGCAUGGUUAAACACCAACCGCUGCAGUACUACGAGCCACAGCUAUGUUUGUCCUGUCUGACGGGGAUCUACGGCUGCCGCUGGAAACGGUACCAGCGGUCACAUGAUGACACCACCAAGUGGGAGCGCCUCUGGUUCCUCAUCCUCACCUCGUCCUUCUUCCUGACCCUGGUCUGGUUCUACUUCUGGUGGGAAGUUCACAAUGACUACAAUGAAAUCAACUGGUUUUUGUAUAACCGAAUGGGAUAUUGGAGUGACUGGUCCAUUCCAAUACUUGUAACAACUGCUGCUGGCUUUACGUACAUUACAGUGUUACUGAUACUAGCACUAUGUCACAUAGCUGUGGGACAGCAAAUGAACCUGCACUGGCUUCACAAGAUUGGCCUCGUGACAACCUUGAUAACAACCGUGGUGACCAUGUCAUCGAUAGCACAGCUUUGGGAUGACGAAUGGGAGAUGGUAUUUAUCUCACUGCAAGCCACAGCCCCUUUCUUGCACAUAGGAGCACUUGCAGCCGUCACAGCCCUGUCGUGGUUGAUAGCGGGGCAGUUUGCACGAACGGAGAAAGCCACUUCUCAGAUGCUGAUGUUCACUGCAUACCUCGCAGUUGUAGUUGCACUUUACCUCGUCCCCCUCACCAUCACGUCCCCUUGCAUAAUGGAGAAGAAGGCUCUGGGACCAAAGCCAGCCAUUAUAGGUCACCGUGGAGCACCGAUGUUGGCACCAGAAAACACUCUGAUGUCCUUCCAGAAGGCAGUGGAGCAGAAGACGUAUGGAGUCCAAGCUGAUGUUGUACUGAGUUAUGACGGAGUGCCAUUUCUCAUGCAUGACAAGACACUCAGGAGAACAACAAAUGUGGAGGAAGUGUUUCCAGAGCGGGCCUAUGAGCACUCCUCAAUGUUCAACUGGACCGACCUGGAAAAGCUCAAUGCUGGAGAGUGGUUCCUACAGAAUGACCCUUUCUGGACAGCUGGGUCUCUCUCAAGGUCUGACUAUUUGGAAGCUGCCAACCAGUCAGUCUGCAAGCUGGCAGAUAUGCUAGAGGUGAUCAAGGACAACACAUCGCUCAUCCUGAACUUCCAGGACCUGCCACCAGCUCAUCCCUACUACAGCACUUACAUCAACAUCACCCUGGAAACCAUCCUGGCAUCGGGAAUUCGGCAACAGGCUGUGAUGUGGCUGCCGGACACAGAGAGGCAGCUGGUCAGACAGAUUGCGCCGGGUUUCCAGCAGACUUCUGGCCUCAAGCUGGAUGCAGAGCGCCUGAGGGAGAAGGGCAUCGUGAAGCUCAACCUGCGUUACACCAAGGUCACGAACGAGGAUGUCAGGGACUACGCCAUGGCGAACAUGAGCGUGAAUCUCUACACUGUGAACGAGCCCUGGCUAUACUCCAUCCUGUGGUGCGCCGGCGUCCAGUCGGUCACCUCCGACAGCUCCCACGUCCUUCGCAAGGUGCCUUUUCCCAUCUGGCUAAUGCCUCCAGACGAGUACCACCUAAUCUGGAUCACGUCUGAUCUCAUUUCAUUUAUCGUAAUUGUAGGAGUUUUUAUAUUCCAGAACUAUCACAUGAUCAGGUGGCGUCUAGGAAGCAUCAGGACCUACAACCCAGAGCAGAUCAUGCUCAGCGCUGCUGUCCGCCGGUCUAGCCGAGAUGUCAAGAUCAUGAAGGAGAAGCUGAUCUUUUCGGAGAUCAACAACGGCGUGGAGACCACGGAUGAGCUCUCUCUCUGCUCCGAAAAUGGCUAUGCUAACGAGAUGGUCACCCCCACGGAUCAUCGGGACACCAAACUGAGGAUGAACUGAGGGGCUCUGGUCCAACCCCGGCGCGUGGCGUCCCCUGCGUUUGCUCCAGCAGCGAGAGCCGUGCUCUCCUGCUUGCUGUGGGAUGGGAACCUGUGAGGAACUGCUGGUCGGGCAGAGACCCCUUCCCAUACCCCAUCGCUGGCUGCUCUGCCUCCCUGGUUGUGAGGUUGGAGGGGCUUAUUUUUGUAAAUAUGUAGAAAAUCUGAUUUUUUUUGUCUCUUUUGGAGGUGUGGUUUUUUGAGUGUAAUUUUUUUUCCAGGGCAUGAGUGGAAAUACCGUGUUCAUUAAAUCCUCGACCUUAUGGCUGAAGUUAUUUGAAUCUUGACGUGACAGCCUGAGUCCCCUUGGGGGGGUUCUGGGAUGAACACGUUGGAUGUGUCUCCCCUUGCUCCCCCUUCCUCUUCUCCCUCCUUCCCUUGGUGCAGCGACUGUGUAGCUGAACGUUGUGAUGUUCUCGUGAAGUGUCGUUUUUCUUACUUUUUUUUUUUUGUUGUUGUUGCCCUCCCCUUUUUCCCCUUUCCUGGGCAAUGAAGUUUUAGCUCUAAUGCAACAGGAGGCUGUUUGGAGGAGAGAAGCUUUCCUAGGAGAGGAGACAGCACUGCUCUUCCCCGCUGAAGUUCAGACAGGGAAGGGGUUGCGCUGGCUCAGUCACUUGGGCACCUGCUCCCUGUCCCCUCGUCUUUCCCCAAAGCCUGGUUGCUCGCAGGGGAAUGGCCUUCUGGAAAUGUUCUACCACAGCCUUGAAGACAAAUCCUGAGUGUUUGCUGUAGAUGGGCCUCUGCUGGCAGCAUGCUUUCACUUUUUUUUUUUAUUUUUUUUUUCCCUUUUAUUCUUUCUUUCUGUCUUUUCCCUGAGUUGUGCUCUGUCGGGAGCCUGGAUGGCUUGCAAAAAGCAAUGCCGUGGGCACCAUCACCGCUCAGAUCUGGCUAAAGUGCCUGCCACGCCGAGUGGCAUUUGGAGUCGCUCCUUGCUUCCCUGUCCUUGCACCCGUGUAGGAAGAGGAGGUGGUGGUGCGGUGUGAGCUUCCCCUGCUCUGGGCCAAGGAGAUGCCCGUGGGUGAAGGAGUUGUAAAUAGUUUGGAAGGUGAAGCAGCCCCGGAGUGUAAUUUAUUCCUGCAAGGAGACCUUUCCUCCUUGCUUUGUAAGCAGGAUCUUUAAAAAGCUGCAUGUUCACGUCCUCCAAAGGAGCGACAGUCUUGCAGCGGAUGCUGACAGGCUCAUGAAGGUAAGAGCUCACAUCAGCGUGUUUCCAAUGCAAAAGGCUUUAAACCAAAAUCCUAUACCAGAGGUUAAAAAGGAAAAAAAAAAAAAAAAAAAAAGAAAAAAACCCUCAGAAACCAAGUAGAUGGUGGUUGCAUUUUAUUCCCUCCCUGAAACGGCUCAUGACCGGCCCAAGGGCCGUCUCAGUUCUUUGCUCUUGACCUUCAAGGCCUCGUGGAGAGGAGCCUGGUUUUGGGUCACUCCGUUGUUCGCACGGAGCUGGUUCCCAAGGCAGCUGAAGCCAGCCGGAAGGCUGCCGGAGCUGUGAAUGGGUCUUGGCUCAGUCCCCACGGCCUUCUGCUGUUGGGUUGCUCCCUUCCUUGCUGGAUCUUGGUCGGCAUAAUGUGGGAAAUCCCAUUGAUCGCAAGCUUUCUUUGAUGCUUGGUGUGCACUGCCUUGAAAGCAAUGGGACCAUCAAAGAUGUUUACCAUGGAGGGAAUGGGAGCUGAGGCUUAGUCUUUGGGUGCUGGCCAAGCUGGGCUGCGGAGCCCAUGAGUGUCUGGGAGAAGUCACCUUGCAGAGGAGAAGGUGGUCUACGAGAUGCUGACGUGCAUCACGUUCAACGCACAAAGCAGCCUCGAGCAGUUUGUUCUUGUUUUGGCAGCAUUAAACUGCUCUAUUUUAUUUUUUUUUUUAAGCUGUACUCUGGUAGUGUUUUGAAACCCUGAAGUCUUGGGCUUAGUGUGUAAGAACCAGGGGCAAAAGUGGCCAACUUAUCAAUGUAAGAGAAAAAUACCCCUGUUAAUAAUGAAAGUGUGAAUUGUGAUGCUUUAAUAAACACCUCCUAAGAAGUGCAACACAAGACUUUAAUUUGUUUGCAUCUACCCUGGGUUUUUAUGAAUGUAAGUGGAGUAAGACCCUGGUCCAUGAUCCCUCUUACCUUCCCCAAGUACUGUCCUUUUUAUAUGGUACUCUCUCAAGUCUGUGAAAUACAGUGUGUUUUCUCUGCAGAAUUGCAAGAUUUUGGUGGAUUUGAAGGCUUUUGAGAACAAAGUUGCUUCUCCCUUUACUGUGGUGCUGUAUUGAAACAUUCCCGGUGGAUUGUCAUUGCCAAGUGAGAGAUGUUGUUAAAUCUCAGCAUCUGUUGAUAAUCACCUGCAUGUUCUGUUUUUAUCCUUGGAGAUGACUUUAUUGAAAGGUCAAGUGCUUAAAAGCUUGGAAGUGUUAAAAGCAAUCUAACAAAAAGUUGUUUUCACAAUUCACUUUUUUCUUUCUUUUUUUUUUUUUGAUGAGAAGACCCAAACUUUAUGCGUAAUGCACUGACUGUUACCGUUAUCGUCCUGAAUAUUUGCUACCUUUUUUUUUUUUUUAAAAGGAUGAUACUUUUUUGAUGAAAAUAGACCUAGACCAAAAUAAACUCUGCAAUGCUCUGUGAAAUAAACUGUCAGUAUUCCCCUGCCA